CGGUUCGCCUUGUGGGGGCGGCGGCAGGAGAAGCAGCAGCGGUAGCAGCAAAGGACCUGGCAAAGGGGAGGGGGGCAGUGCCGGAGUAAUUGCUGCUGCAAGGGAGCAGAGCUUGGUUGGCAGCGGGGAGUGAACAGGCCGGCCGAGCUCCAGCGGAGGACUUGUCCUUUGACACCAGUUGGACAGAAGAAGCCAAGACCUGCACUGUUGAACCUGCCGCCAUGGGGAACAUUUUUGGAAACCUGCUGAAGAGCCUGAUUGGCAAGAAGGAGAUGCGCAUCCUCAUGGUGGGUCUGGAUGCUGCCGGGAAGACCACCAUCCUCUACAAGCUCAAACUGGGAGAGAUCGUCACCACUAUCCCUACUAUUGGGUUCAACGUGGAGACGGUUGAGUACAAGAACAUCAGCUUCACUGUUUGGGAUGUUGGUGGCCAGGACAAGAUACGGCCCCUGUGGCGGCACUACUUCCAGAACACCCAGGGUCUGAUCUUUGUGGUGGACAGCAACGAUCGGGAGAGGGUGAAUGAGGCACGCGAGGAGCUGAUGCGGAUGCUGGCAGAGGAUGAACUGCGAGAUGCUGUUCUCCUUGUCUUUGCUAACAAACAGGACCUCCCCAACGCCAUGAAUGCAGCAGAAAUCACGGACAAGCUGGGCCUGCAUUCGCUGCGCCAUCGCAACUGGUACAUCCAGGCCACCUGUGCCACUAGCGGGGACGGCCUCUAUGAGGGCUUGGAUUGGCUGGCCAACCAGCUGAAGAACAAGAAAUGAGUGCAGGGGUGGUGGUGGGCUAAGCCUCUCACUGUCGGUUCCAUUUUGGGUUGAUUCCCCCCUUAUCCAGCCCCCUCCCUCACCCCCCCUUUCUUUUCCCUAAUGGGUUUGCUUUUCCUUGCCGGCACCGGUUGCUGUGGGGGUUGGGUGGUGGGUUGGGGUUAACUUUUGGUUUCUUUCUCUUUUUCUCAAGUUCUGGCUCUGCCAGGAUUUUUUGCACGGUCUCUGUGUGUGUGCGUGCGUGUGUGAUAAAUAUAUAUAUAGAGAUAAUAAAAUAUAUGGGCGUGGUGGGAGGGUUGGGGCAAGUAGGGAUUGGGUGCCGAUUCUGUGGCCUUUCUUUUUUUCUUCCUGUUUUUGUUUUUGUUGAUCAGUUUUGUAUUUCUUGGUGGUCUGUGAAACUUGGCUCCCUUUAUGACUGGAGGUGACCAAUACUCAGUGGCAGCCUGCUUCUUACUUUUGUGUCCUGUUGGUGCAGGUGCAGUCAAGGAACCCAGGUGACAAAGAUGGGAAGUGAAAGGGGAGUGUGUGCAGUCGCAAUAUGUGCAGGGAGGCAGAGGCCAAUGAAUGCAAGGAGGGAGCAUUCUAGGAUAUGGGUCUGCAGAUGAUCAGAGGCCCCUUCUGAACUGGGGGGCGUGUAUAGGAGAGAGCAGUACUUCCACUUGUCCCCCAGGUGAUGUAUUUGUUCUGCUUAUGUUUUUUAUUGGGUAGUGCCCCCUGCUGGCAACAAUUGAGAUUGCAGCAAUACUGAUUAUCCUGCUGUUCUUACCUCCCCUCCGUCCGUUGCCCUGUUAACAGCUUCAUGAGUCGCCCAUGUGGUUAGCUGUUCAAUGCUGCUGAUGAACUGAAUCAUUUGCAUUCCAACUUCUUAGACCAAAUGGCAUUGGAGCCCUGGAUAAUGCAUCUCUCUUUGGCCCCAUUAAUUCCAUGUCCCCUUCUCAGAAAGUGGACCAGCCUUGAUGGUCAUUAGUAUGGGCUGUUGUACUAGAUUUGGGACCAGUGCUGUCACAGAGCUGCCCAUGCAAAUGUAAGUGCUCACUUUUUUCCCUGGUUUGGCUUCCUCUUUCCAUCCGAGGGAAGCGUGGGCACAUGCAGGGUUCACCCACCCCUGGCAGCUUCACAAGGAUGGCUUUUUAAAAAUUGCUGCUUACUGUGUGGAUGUCUCCCAAUUGUACAGAUCACUCCAUCCUUCCUCCAACAUACUCUUUCUCUUGUAAGGUUCCUUUUCCAUGCUGGGAGAAGUUGGGAAGAAUUGUGGGGUUCUUUUCCCUUUCCAUUUUAGGGGGUAAUGAUUGUAUUAGGGUUAAACCCAGGUCACUGCAUGUAACUUUCUGAUCACUCCCUGCCUCUGGACAGUGUUAGUACUGUGUGUUCCCUUCCCCCAUCCUAGCAAAUACGUAUUUAUUCCUCUUUCCCUCCCCCUACCCAACUUCAGCUCCCUUUGCUUGGUGUAAAGUGGUUUUCUUUCCCCCUCUUUCUGAUUUGUUCAUUCUUUGGGCCAUGGCUCCCUAUAUGUGUUUUUUUCGCCUCCUCCCCCCGGAACAGUUGGAUGCACCAUGACUUCUGUGCACCCCCAUUGGAUAUUAAACUUGUUUUAUGUA